UUGUCAUCAGUCAUGGAGCGCCGAGUUUUUCCAUUUUUCUCACGCGAAGAUGUUCCAGAAAAAAAUAUUAAACCCUCGCCAGCGGUGCAUUGGAUGUAUUUGUUCACGUCGAACAUCCUAGAGAAUCUGCGAGAUUGUGAAAGCGCAAGCAAUAGCUUUAGAACAGAUGAAAUCUCUGUGAUAAAAUCCCAGUUUAAGAUAAGUUUCUUCGGUCAUUUUCUUAUUCAUUGGCCCAAAUAAUUGAAAAUCAAUUAGUUUUAGGUUAACAUUUGCGAGAUGGAGAGAACCAUGGAUGAUGGUGGCGAACCUUUCCAGUGUCAGAUCUGCCUGGAAAUUGCGUACAAGCCUGUUGUUCAAGCCUGCGGUCACAUCUUCUGCUUUUGGUGUCUUCACCGUGCCAUGGAUUCUUUGGACACAUCGCAUUGCCCUCUCUGCAGAAGUCCAUAUCAGCAUCUGCCCAGAGUGUGUGAAUUGCUUCAUUACCUUCUUUUGAAAGCAUUGCCAAAGGAAUAUAAGGAAAGGGCUGAAGAGGUCUUAGAACAGGAGAGAGAAAUGGGUACUUUCUCUCCUCAGUUGGGUACUCUGGAUUUGAAUGGUCAAGAAAGUAAGGUCUUGGAAUUGGAGAAAGAAAAAGGCACUCUCUCUUCUCAAUUGGGUACUCUGGAUUCUAAUGGUGAAGCAAAUGAGGUCUUUAAAUGCGAGAAAGAAAAGGGCGCUUGCUCUCCUCAACUGGUUACUCUGGAUUUGAAUGGUCAAGUAAGUGCAGGAACUUCUAUUUCAGAAAGGAAGCUUAGGGUAAGCGAUGCUUUGUGUGCCCAUUGCAAAAAGCUAAUUUAUCGUCCCACAGUACUCAAUUGUGGGCACGCAUUCUGUGAAUUAUGCGUUAAUUAUAAUGUUUUUCAAGGAACAACUCUUAAAUGCCAAGUUUGUCAAAGCUUGCACCCUGCAAAAUCAUGGGCUGUUUGUCUGGAGCUGCAUCACUUCUUACAGAACAUGUUCGCAGUGGAAUAUGCAGAGAGAGAGAAAUCAAUGCUUGUGCAAAAUAAACAACCUAAGGAGGAGUCCCCAACUGAUGAGACAGCUGAGGCGUCAUGCCAAAAGGAAACAGUUAUUCAUGUCGGAGUUGGAUGUGAUAACUGUGGGCUCUAUCCCAUCAUGGGAAAGAGGUAUAAAUGUAAAGAUUGUAGCGAGUCUGUGGGAUUUGAUUUGUGCGAAACAUGUUAUCAGUCUCAGGCAGGUUCAUGGAUUGUUGGUAGGUUUAAUCAACACCAUAAAGCAGAGCAUCAGUUUGAGAUGGUUGCAGGAGAAACGCUAGAAGGAGGUAUAUGGGUAGAUGGAGAUACAGGACAGCGUAUAUAUGUUUUAAUGAGCUAAAAGCACUCAAAAGGCUAUGUUGCACGGAAUGCUAAUGGCUGUUCCACUAUUGUACCUUGACUCCUACACAUCAGUCCAUGAAAAUGAAAACAACAUCUCUCAAGCUGGGGUGAUGUAUGAGUUUGUUAUUGUACAUUUUUGUAUUGUGCAUUUCAACAAUGUGGAGAUGGAAGAAGAUCUUUUCUCCCACGUGUACUUGUUAUGAAGGAUGUAUUGAUUGGUAUUACAGUCCAUUAUGAUGCAUAAAUCAGAUUUAUAUCAUUGGGAAAAGUUACAAGAGUUUUUGGUUCAGAUGUCCUUAUGACAAUGCAAAUACAUAGUUGAGGGAAAGUUUGAAAAAGGGAGGUUAUUGAUGGAUGAGGAUUUGAAACUAAGCUAGCAUGGAUGUAUUGGUUAUGCCUUGAAGAUUGCUGCAAUGAAGGCCCACAUCUCUAAGAUUUACCAGAAUGACGGGAAGGAAGUUGGACGAAGCUCCAAUUAGGAAGCUCUAGAUAAGCAUUUUAGAAGAUUGUUGAUAAGCUUGGGAAUCAGAGAGAAAACCUCAUUAAUUUAUAUAUUAUAGGGCUUGGAUUACAUGGAUAUUGCUGUUUAUGUACAUGGUAUUGUCGCAAAGAUAUUUGAGACCUCAAGUUGGCACAAUGUUCUUAGGUGAAAGAUGCAACAUCUCAUAGGUACAAGAUCAAUAUUUAAUUUGCAGUUUGGCAUGAUUGGUCACAUUGGCAUUAGGAUCUUGGAGAAUCAUGAUUGCAAUUGUUUGAGGACGAGCAAUUUUGGGAAGGGAGAACUUG